AUGGCCGAGUCGAUGGUGUUUGGCGACUUCACGCCCGAGGAGGCCAAGACGCUAGGUACGUCGCUGCAUACAGACGUCUCGCCUCCUGCGCUGCGUCCAGCGCCGGCCCGCAAGACGUGGGGCCCGAUCCCGACGCCGGUCCACGUGCCGAUCCCGCGCAGCAACCCGCCGUCGCAGCCGGCAACGCCAACGAGGGCAGCCUCCAAGCCUGCAACACCAACGAGGGCAAGUUCCAAGCCCGCAACCCCGACAAAAGCGCCGUCCAAGCCAGCGACGCCGGUGCAAGCCCCGCCUGCCGCACCGGCGCCCGCGAAGAAGCCCUUUUCGUGGGCGACGCAUAGCCUCCCGACGACGUCCACUGUCACUGCACCAACGAACUCUGCGCCAACGCCGGCGGUAUCCACACAGGCAGCGCCCGCACCGGCGGCAGUUGCGCCGGGGAAAUCCGCACGCGCGAGAGGCCGCCAGCCCGCUGGAAAGGCCGGUGCUCUAAACGGCCGCGUAGCGCCCAAAGCCGGCCCGUCGCCUGUCCCAACAGUAGACACGAAAGAAGAAGAAGCAUCGAGCGAGGACCCAGACGCUGACGCGCCACCGCCGUUGCCACCGAAGAAGCCGUUCUCGUGGUCGACGCACAACCUCGCACCGACGUCGACACCAGAAGCUCCUCCGGCGCCGCGCGCCGAGCGCAAGACGUUCGAAGCUGCCUUUGACGACGCGCUGCGGCAACUCGACUUGCACGCUGGCGCCCACGACCUCCAGAAGCGUGGCUUUCUCAACCAAGGCAACACGUGCUUUCAAAACGUGACCUUCCAAGCUCUCCUCGCGUGCGCCCCGUUCCUCAAGUACACGCAUGACCUCGAUAUGCAACUCACGACGCACUGUAGCCUGCUCGUGUCGAUGGCGGCCGUCGUCGACCUCCCCAACGACGUGUACCCGGCGUGGUCGCACAUGCUGGCGCUCGUCCAUGCCUUCGAGGAGCCGACGCUCGGCCUCCACGUGCACAUGCGCAAGCUGCCCAAGAAGACGGCUUUCACGAUGCCGAGCUACUUCCUCAAGGCCUUCCAGAUGGCCAACGGCAUGCAGCAAGAUGCGCUCGAGUUUCUUGAAUUCGUGCUUGACCAGCUCCACGUUGAGUACGAGCGCAGCGGCUGCGUCUUCCCGAGAGCGCCCAAGAGCGUCCAAGAAGAGGACGGCUGGGAAGAGAUCCAGGCCCACGGCCGCGUCGGCGUUGUGCACCACAACAUCGUCGACACCGAGUCGCCGAUCACACAUCUCUUCAAGGGCACGCUGCGGUCCGAGAUCCGCGCGGGCCGCAAGGUGAGCGCGUCGACGGUCGAGCCGUUCCACUGCCUGCACCUCAACAUGGGCACGACGCCCGAGACGCUGCUCGAGAUGAUCGAGAGCUCGAUGGCCGACGAGGUGCUCGAGACGCGCGGGACGAAGCGCACGUUCAUCGAGUCGCUCCCGAACGUGCUUACGUGCCACGUCAAGCGCUUCACGUACGACCCGCGCCUCGGUCCGCUCAAGCUCAACACGUUUGUCGAGUACCCGCUCGAGCUCGUGCUGCCGAGCAAGCUCUUCUCGCCGGCGCUGCGCACGGCCGACGCCGUCUACAAGCUCUUUGCCGUCAUUGCGCAUCACGGCAUGGAGGCUGUCGGCGGCCACUACACCAUGUCGUGCUGCGAUGCCAAGGACCAAUGGACGUGCUACGACGACGACACGGUGAUUCCGCGGACGACCGAGGCCGCGCUGCAAGAGAACGCGUACCUCCUCUUCUUCCAGCGCAUGCGAUAAGCCGCGUGGCCCAUAGAGAUGCUUGAUGGUAC